UUAACAGAGAAGGGAUGAUAUUCGUGAAGUAGAUGAAAGACUUACAAGGACGAUCAUGGAACUAAAGAAUGAUCAGGCAAAUCUUAAACAGGAAAUUACUCAAGAAAUCAGACAGGAAAUUUCUAGUCUUAGACAAGAGUCAAAGGCUACACUCAAAACAAUUGAGAAUCAGAUUUCACAAAUAUUCAAAAUGAUGUCUGAGAGACACUAUGGACAACUCCCUAGUAACAUUGAGAACAACCCAAAAGAGAGAGUCAAUGCUAUUGAUGCCAAGGAAGAAAAACACGAAAAGUGUGACCCAAUGGAUAAUAUUUGUGGAAUAUGCCAAUGUAGGAAAAAAUGAAAGGAAGAAGAGACUAUCUCUUGUAGUCCCAAUCUUGAAUCAAACACUGCAAAUGCUUCGUGCAAAAUCUCAAUGAAGGAAAACAAUGAGAAAACCACUUCUGAAAAACAACCUGAAAAGAAAGAGCAACCACAAGACAAGACCAAAAUUCCAGAGGAGAAGGACACGGCAAGAGAAGGUACAAUUAAUGCUUUUAUCUAAAAAAAUUUCAAUAACAAAGAAUGUCGUGAGUUAUUUGAAUAAGGCAACUGUGAUAAUUUUACUUGCUUAAGCCAAGAGUCUUCGGCUUGUUUGACUACGAGUUACCCCAGAAAGAAGGGCGACCUAGGAGCCUUGGUGAUUCCUUGUUCUAUACAGAACAUGGAUCCUCAAAAUGCUCUAGCUGACCUCGGAGCUUCAAUUAAUGUUAUGUCUUCAAGUUUAUUUGAAAAAUUGAAAUUGCCAACUUUGAAACCGACAAGGCUGACACUCCGUUUAGCUGACGGGACCACAUGGUACCCGAAAGGCUUGGCGGAGGAUGUACUAGUAAGAAUAGGAAAAUUUCUUGUGCCUGUCGAUUUUGUUGUUUGUAAGAUGGGAGACACCGAGCCCCAUGGUUCUUUGAUUCUUGGAAGACCAUUCUUGGCAACUUGUCAUGCUCGAAUAGACGUAAGCUCAGGGGAAAUAACCUUGAGGUUUGAUAGACAAGACAAGAAUGAAGGAAAAGAAAGAACAGAGGAGAAAGAUGAAGAGGUGAAGGCAAUGGUCGAGAAGAAGACCAAAUCAAAACAGAGAUGGAAAAAUGACAAGCUAACCUGGAAAAACACGUGGGUACCGAAAUGCUUUCUACCCACUACCAAAGAAUUUGGUUGAGAAGAACAAGGUAUGAUGCGUCUAGCCAAAGACGUAAACUGUGGCGCCUCUUGGGAAGCAACCCAAGGUUUAAUAAAUUGUCUUAUGUUUCUUUUUAUGUUUUCUUUUUUUUUUUUUAUGUUUUGUCAAAAUUCCAUUUGGUACCAUGUUUUGGAAGACUAAUUUAUAGGGUUUGAGACUGGAAAAUGCAUUGGAAAGGCCUAAUUCGGACACAAGUUUGAAGAAAAAGAACAAAAUCGGAGGAAAAUGUUGCACCGAGCUGACACGCACACUCACACGCGUGCAAACGUGCGUGGGAACAAAACAGUGAGCCCACACGCAUGCUCACACGCGUGCAGCCCGGCGUGAAGGCAACAUUGCGAAUUUAAGCUCACUUCGGCCGAAACCACGCCACUUCCACCCUAAAACCUAAAAAUCUCUCUUUUCUCCACGCAAGGUAACCUCCAAGCUUAAAGGUUUGAGAAAAGUGAUUUAUUUUCAUCUUCCAAAGGGUUAAAAGCAUCAUUAUCAAGGAUGGGAAGAUCUAAGGAAAUAGCCAAGAAAACUAAACAUGAUCACGCGGAAUCCAACCGAUCGAGAGCUCGACCCCAAGCUUCACGAAACCAACCAGAAGUUCCACAAGCUCCUCAAGAGAGAGGCACAAGAUCUUUAAGGCAUCUAACACCUCCUGAGCGUGCUCUAGUGGACACUUAUAAGAGCAAGCAACUGAGUGUGGGCAGAUUCUUUGAAGACAAUGUUUUAAGAGAAUUCGAAUGCCUAGAUGAAGUGAAUCGAUUGAUAAGGCAUCCUCGAUUGAGCCUAUUGUUCGAAUUGCGAGGUCCAACCUACUCGCCUGUCACUUAUGAGUUUUUGGCCACACUAAACAUCAAGAAAGAUGCAAAUGAUGCAAGAGAGUCAAUCUCAUUUAGUUUGUUUGACAAUCACUACAGUCUCUCGGUUAACACUUUGGGUGUUGCUCUUGGAUUUCAAGAUGCUAUUUCGGUAACUAUGCCAUAUUUCAGGGAUUACAAGACUAAUUUUAACUCAGAUGCGGUGGCUGUUCAAUAUUGGAAAAGCAUCACCAACAAUGCAGCGUACAACUCCUCCAACUUAAAGGCAAAGCUCAUCACUAGAAACUCUCUGAAAGCCAUCAAAUUGGCUUUUGCAGUAAACCUCUCUGGCAGAACCACCAACAAAAAUAAAGUUUACAGGCAAGAUUUUUUCUAUAUGUGGUGCAUGGAGAACAGAGUUAGCAUUAACAUGGGCGUUCAGGCACGAAAAUGGCUUCAAACCCAACUAAAGAAAAAGGUAAAAACUGUCUUUAUAGGACCUUUUGUUACUCGACUGUGCCAGGGUUUGGGUCUAGCAAACCGUCUCCCAGGUGAGAGAGACGAGGGUCCCAUGGUUGCUUUCUCAGUGAGCGAGUUCUUCGCAAUGUACCUUAAGUUAGGAGGGGAUGAUGCACCUGAUUUGGAGGUUGAUGAUGAGACUGAUGAGGAGGAUGAAGAAAAUGAUGAUGAGGGGAAUGAUGAUGCAGCAGCGCAAGAGCAUGGCGAGCCUAGUGCACAGCAUGAUGGCUCUACCUCAAUGGAUUGGGAGGUGUCUCAAGCUUUCCAAAUGUAGCUCCAUGAUGAACAAAUGGAUUAUUUGCGCGAGCAACAAGCAUGGUAAGAGGGGCAAUUCACUUCCGUAUUUGCACGCCAGGACAGGCAGGACGAGCAGUUCUUAACAUUCCAAGCUAGUCAGAAUGAAGAGCUUCUUCGUACUCGAAGAGUAGUUGAGGAGAAUGCUAGGAUGAUCCAGGAGCUUCAGGCUCAAUUUGCUAGGCAGUUCCGUCCUCCGUCCUUCGGUGAUCAGUGAUGCAACACUCAUCCACUCAUGACCCUGAUUCCUGGUCCUUGAAAAUGAAGUCUGAAAACUUUGGUUACCAUUUGGUUGAUGACCCAUCAAAACAUUAGGUUCCCUACGCGUGGGGUUCCGCCUUUAAUUACUUUAUUUUAUUUUUUUUUUCGCUUUAUGUUUAUGAUUUAUGCUUUUACGUUUAAACUACUUUACUUUUCAUGCACUUUAAUAAUUGCUAGUUUACUCGAAUAAUUUUUGCUUCA